AGGGAGGAGAGUAGAGGGGGGGUGUGAUGUGUUUGGAGGAGGGACUCCAUCAUUUAGAGAAGUGAACAGUUCCUGGUUUACCAGUGAAGAAGAAAGAGAGGCAGCAUUAAACCAUCAGAUCCUCCAACAUGAACGUCUGUCAGUCUCUGAUCUGCUUCUUCUUCCUCACACUGCAGGAUGGAAACAUUGGUCUCAUCAAUGCACAAAUCAUCGAGAGUACAGGAACUGAAGGAGGAGACAUCACAGUUGGAUGCUCCUUCACUCUCCCUGGAAGGAGGAGUAUCUUCUGUAAGGACCAAUGUAAAGAUAGAGACAUUCUCAUUGACACAGAAGAGUACACAGCUCAGAGUGGCAGAUACAGCAUAGAAUAUAAAAAUCUUUUAACAUUUUCUGACACAGUUCUGUAUGUGAGCAUCAGAAACCUGACUCCGUCUGACUCAGGACGGUACAGAUGUGGUUUGAUCAGAUUUUUCCCAUUCUCAUCAUCAUACUUGGAGAUUGAGAUCCGAGUUACAGAUGCUCCAACCUCUCCUCUCAGACCUUCUUCACCAUCAGUCCCAUCAGCCUCCACACUGAUGACAUCACAGAGUUUAAGCUCCACACCUUCAUCAGCCUCCACACUGAUGACAUCACAGAGUUUAAGCUCCACACCUUCAUCAGCCUCCCCUGAAGCCAGAGAGCAGCCUCGACAGAAACACACAGCACCAGCUGCACCUGCAGCUCCAGGUGCUCUGCUGUAUGUGGGUCUGACUCUGGUCCUCUUGCUCAUCACAUUAUCAGUAGCUUUGCUGAUUUUCUGCAGGAAAAGAGCCAGGAAACCCAAAGAACCUCCUCUGGAAACUGAGUACUCUAAUGUCACAAAGGCCAACCGAGUGUAUGAGGAGAUCAGAGAGGACAGACAGAGCACAUCUCCUCCUGUAGAAGUGUCUACAGUUUACACUUACGCCAAAUACACCAAACCAGAUGGAGUGGAAACCACAGAGGAGUACAGCUUAGUCACUGCACCCACUUCUCAGAAGAAAACUGAAGACGACCGGAGUGACCUCACCUACUCUGAGCUGGAUCUUCCCAACGGUACAGCUGCCUCGCUGCACAGCGCCCCCUGUGGUGACGCAGAUAACGUGGUCUACUCUGUUCCUCGGGUAGAAGCCAGCUCGGCCGGCAGCCACGCCCAAGACGCUUCCCCUCCUCUGUACUCUACUGUUACUUUACAUCAGCUGUAGCUUCAACGCUGUCAGCGCCACAUUUACUCUCUCAGGGGCCAACAGGGGACACAAAGUGCUUUGAACGAGUCACAUUCACUCAAAGAAAUCUGUUUUUAUCAUUAUUGGGGGAAGCUAUGUCAGUUACGGCUCAGUUUCUUUCUGAAGAUGAAAUGUUUUAUUAGCUCUGUUUUUUUUAUUGCUUUUGCUCAAAUGUAUGUAUUCUUAUACCAGUUAUAUAUUAAAUUAUUAUAUACUGUAUUUAUUCUGUACUUUUCAAACUAUAGUGGAUGUGUUUAGGUGCAGUGAUGAAUCCAGUCAUCAUGAGAACAAUGGCCUGUACAAUUUCAAGUUCCUGAUCUUCUGAUACCAAAUAGUCAAUGGUAAUUUACAUAUUCAUGAACAUUUUAUCAAUUGCACAUUGUUAGUUUUCUGGCAGUAACCAUUAUUGUUGCAUCAGCACGAAUCAUUAAAAUAAUCUUAGCAUUUCAAAAGGUUGAAGUAAAUCACAUUAUACAAUAAUUAAGAUAAUCUAAUCUCUUGGCUCUAGCAGACAAGAAGCAGCUAGCCACCUGUAAGGUCACCCACCUGUCACUCAACGCAGCCACACCCUAAUUAUGCUGAACUUUGCAACUGGGAUAGGCAGUAUUUUUUGGCCGUUAAUGGGCAAACAUUCCAUAUAUCCAUUCCAAUAUUCCACUCAUGUUUCAUCAUAUUGUAAUUCAAGUGCUCUGACAGAAAACUAGACUUCUGCACCUCCUCUAUAAAAUCUAGCCUGUGACCCUAUGGAAACACGCGACCAGUGUUUCAAAUCUGCAGAAGAGAGAACCACGUUUUUCUCUAGAAGGAAAUCCGACAACAUGGACUGCUUUCCCCUCCCGAGUCGACUCUGAACCGCUCCACAAACCCUGCCCUGGUGGAGUUGUUUCGUUAACCCCUGGCCAAGUGGUUAACCCGUUUAUGUUCUACGUGGAAAAUCCGCUGAACAAACUUAACGGACUGCACACAGUAAGGAGGCUUAAGUUUCUGGGCAGAGGAAUAGUGGGUUUUGUUUAGAUUAAUACUUGUGCUAUUGCUGCACGCUUGAUUUAUUAAUCUGAUCGGACCAUCGAGUCCAAUCUAUUUUCUGUGAAUGCACUCUGAACACGGUGCAUUGUUGAUAUGUUGUGUGUUUGACUAAUGUAGCCUGGUUUAAAACUGUAAAUGCCACAUUUCUUUUCUCCCGCUGGGAAGAAGUUAGCUACUGUACUGAAUGAGAGUGUGAUCAUUGUCAGAACCUCGAAAAUCAAGACUCAAGGUGCCUUUUCUUUAUUCCAAGUGUGUUUUCCCUCCAUUUCUCUCUCUUUCUCUCUCUCGCUCUCUCUCUCUCUCUUUCUCUCUUUCUCUCUUUCUCUC